CAGCUUCAGUACAAUGGCAUGGCGGUGAACGACUCUAGUUUGAUGUGAUUCACCUGGUUUUCUUGAAGAAGGGAGAGCUGCAAUGGAGGUUUUGAUUGAAAAGAAGGAAGGCAUUGAAGGUAAAAAUGAACGGUGCAAACAAAUGGGGUUGAGAUUGAAACAUUUGCGGCUUUGAUUGAAGAAACCGCCUUGAGAGCAGUUCAAGCUCUGAUAUUUUUUUGACAUCUGAGAUGACGGGCAUGAGGAAGAGGAACAGAGUUACAGUAGCUCUGAGUCAUCUUCACCACCUUCAUUGGGUUGGCCUAUUCAGAAAGCUGAAGGUACCAGACGCAGACUGCACCACUAGUUCUAAUGGUAAUGAAGAUGAAAGAGAAACCCCACGUGGAUGGUGGUAGGAAUUUAGAGAAACAAGGUUCAGCAAUAUCAGGGUCACUGACUUACUGGACAUGAGGACAGUAACACAAAUUCCCAGCACUUCACAGAGCUAUGUCUCACGCUGAAAUUCAGGUUCCAAGAGUCAAACUUGGAAACCAGGGUUUAGAGGUUUCAAGGUUGGGAUUUGGGUGUGCUGGGCUAACUGGGGGAUAUAGUGAUCCCCUGUCUGAUGAAGAAGGAAUUUCAGUCAUAAAGCAUGCUUUCAGUAAGGGAAUCUCUUUCUUUGACACAGCAGAUGUUUAUGGAGCCAAUGCUAAUGAAAUCAUGGUUGGAAAGGCUUUGAGGCAGUUGCCGAGGGAUAAAAUCCAGCUUGCCACCAAAUUUGGUCUUCUUAAAGUGGAAGCUGAUGGUAUGGAAGUUUGUGGCCGCCCAGAAUAUGUAAGGAGUUGUUGUGAGGCUAGUCUUAAACGACUUGGCGUGGACUGCAUUGAUCUAUAUUAUCAGCAUCGGAUUGACAAGUUGGUUCCAAUUGAGGACACUAUGGAAGAGCUUAAGAAGUUGGUUGAAGAGGGGAAGAUAAAGUAUAUUGGGUUAUCUGAAGCUAGCCCAGAUACAAUUCGGAGGGCUCAUGCAGUUCACCCCAUUACUGCAUUACAGAUGGAGUGGUCUCUGUGGACCCGUGAUAUUGAAGAAGAGAUAGUCCCCCUUUGCAGGGAACUUGGAAUUGGGAUAGUGGCUUACAGCCCUCUUGGCCAUGGUUUUUUUGGAGGGAGGACAGCUAUUGAGAGUGGGCCAGCAGUAGGUUUAAUGUCUACACAUCCAAGGUUCACGGGGGAAAAUCUAGACAAUAACAAAGUACUAUAUGAGCGAGUUGUGAAGUUGGCUUCUAAGUAUGGCUGCACCUCUGCUCAACUGUCUCUCUCAUGGCUUCUCCACCAAGGUGAUGACGUGAUCCCAAUCCCUGGGACAACCAAGAUUAAGCAUGUAGAUGAUAAUGUUGGCUCCUUGAAAGUGAAGUUCACUGCAGAGGACUUGAAAGAGAUUACAGAUGCUGUGGCCAUCAAUGAGGUGGCUGGUGCUAGAAUCCAUGCAGGGAUAGAAUUGUACUCUUGGAGGUUUGUAAACACACCUUCAAAGAGUAACAAUGCAUCAGAACAAGACUCAUGAUUUAUACGGUUGAGCUUGACUGGCUUAUUGUUCUUAUAAUUAUAAAACUACUUUGAGGCAAGAGAUUAAUGGUGUGUUUUGAGUUAUGAUACUUGCAGGAAUGCAGUUGAAACUGUAUUUGGUAAACUAUUUGAAAUACUUUAUGGUGUUUAAUCUUUAUCUCCAA